GAAACGAAACGAAUGUGCAAACAAUUGUAAAAUUCUGGAACUUUUUGUAUUGUGUUUGCUCUGUGUUGAGUUGAGGGCUGAGGGUUCCGUUGUCUAGUCCCUCCUACGAAGUCCUGUCUGUGUCCGAUUCCGAUUCCUGCAGUCUCGUUUUGUUUACGAAGGGGAGUGCCCGUCGCGCGACGCGUCCGUCGACCUCCCGCGUAAUUGCGUUUCAUUUUAAAAAUAAAACGAAAUUCUUUUGGUUUACUGUAAAAAAAAAAUAAUUAUAUUCGUACACAAUUAUAUUUAAUUGAUUCAAUAACAACAAAUUCGAGUUAUCAAAAUAAGUUUUGUCGGCAGCGGAGUGAAUCAAAACAAAUAAAAUUUCACAGCGCAUUUUGUUUUCAGAAUCAAAAGCGGUUCCGUUGGACCAGUCAAACGACUCGCAUGUUUAAUAUUUAUAUAAUAGAAACACAGUAAAAUAAACAUAUCAGAUGAUUGGAAUACAUGUGUAAGCAUUUUUACAGAGUGAUGCUAGUGUGAAAUCUUUUCUAAAAUGGACUGGCGCGAAAAACUCUUCGGGAAAGUGCUUGUGAAGUGCGAGUCACCGGGAACUCAAAACGGCCAAUUCGAGUUAGUGCCAACUUUACAAGGAUUGGGCGAUUGUGUCGAAGAAGGGGAUGGUGCUGUGUGUGGAAUUUAUUUUUCAUUCGCGAACAUUAGCGACACAAGUGAUGAUUUUGGUGUACGUCUAGAGGAAUUGUACAAAAUAGUGCAACCGCGGUUGAAAGUGGUACAGGUGGUGCUCUGGGCUCAUGUUGGCACACCUGAAGGUCCGGUGGAGAGAGAGGCGGGUUUCCGUAAGAGUUUGACGGGAAAGCCGUGGUAUGCUGUGCCUUUUCACGAUGUGGAUACUAAGCGGCGACUUACACAAAAAUACAGCAUCGCCGUCGGAGUGCCAACUCUAGUCAUACGUGGGCGAGCGGUUCGCGACGCUCUCCUAUCUGACCCUCUAGGGGAGAGGUUCCCCUGGCCGGCGCCCCCACUCCACGAAGUGUUGAGAGGGGUUCAGCUCGAAGGAGACAAGGAAAGUAAGCUGUACGAGAAGUUACCAGCUGAUGCUGUAAGGGUAUUCUACUUUGCCGCUCAUUGGUGUCCGCCAUGUCGAGCGUUCUCUCCGAGCUUGUGUGCUGCACUGACAGCAGUGCGCAAGCGCAGAGCCAAAUACGCCAACACUCAGCUCAUACUCGUCUCCAGCGACAGAAGCGAACAAUCCUACAACCGGACAGUGCAGUCGGUGUCAGGAGUCGGAGCCCUGUCCGUGCCGUGGUCCGCGACGGAAGCCAGGCUAGCGUUGCCAGCCGCCCUCAGCGUGGCCGGCAUACCCGCUCUCGUCAUCACAGACGGCGCUGGCAAGGUGCUAACGUCGAAUGGUCGGCAGCACUUGACGACAGAUCCGUUGGGAUAUAACUUUCCGUGGGCUCACAGGCCAGUGUCCGUACUCACCGAACAAGCUCUGCUAAAGAUGGCGCGGCAUCCGGCUGUCGUGUUAUUUAUUGAUGACGAAGACUCCGAAAUAGAAUUCGCCGAGUCGGUCCUCACGCCGUCAGCGGAAUCCUACUACGAGGAGUGCAGCAUCCAGUACCCUGGUUUCUGCCCCUACCAGAACUCAUCGGACGACGAAACCAUGGAUUUCGACUACUCGACUUCCAAACAUUCAAGAGUUAAGAAGAAGUCAUUUAAACACACCAUGUUCUACAUUGGCGUCGAUGGGGCGGACUGUGCUGAUAUGCUGAGAGAGCAUAUCGGUUUAGACGACGCCGUUCCACUGUUGACGGUCAUCGAUUUCCCCAAACAAAAACUGGUGACGAUGAAGUACGGGGAUGAAAUCACCACCGAUUCAGUGCAGAACUUCGUUGACGCAUACCUAAGCGGCAAUGCUGACUUCAAACCGUUGAAGCCGUAUAGUGAGAAAUGUUAGUUCUAGAACGUUCCACGAGUUGUUUCACUUGUAAUGUCUGUAGUUGUUAGAUUUUAAUAUACCACCAAAUACUAAAGAUCUAGGAUCUAAAGAUCUCUACUAAUAGGCUGUUUUAGGUUCUAAUGUGAGGGAAAAUAUGAAAAAACUCUUCUUUUUUGCCUCUUUCCUUUAACUUGCGGACGGCUCUACUCGUCGUCAUACUCUAAACUUGUCUGUUGUCUAUUCUAUAUUGUAUUCUGAGCAUACAUUACAUUCCGGUGGGCUCGAGUUGCCAACGAACGUCCUCUAUCCCUCCCUUCGAAAUAGCCAAAUACCAAACCAUAUACAAAAGGACAGAGGGCGCUGCUCUCACGUAAACAAUACUGUCCUAUGUUAAAGUAUAUUAAAAAUAUUUCCUCAUAUUAUUCCAUUAAAAAACGACUAAAAAUAAAAGUUAAAAGUGUAGACUACAUGUGAUAGUGUUAGCAGCGAUUAAUAACAAUGACAGCGUACGAAAACAGAAGUUUAUAGUAUAUAU